AUGAAGUGGCUGUUUUGGAAUAUAAGGGGAGUAAAUAAGAAGUAUAAGCAGAAGGAACUGAGAAAUUAUAUAAAACCUAAACAUAUUACUUUAGCUGGAAUAAUAGAAACUAAAGUCAAGGAGCAUAAUGCAACAAAUGUGGCUACUAAUGUGGUAACUAACUGGGGAUUUCUGAAUAAUUACAGGAGUGCAGUAAAUGGAAGAGUUUGGCUAUUAUGGUAUAGUAGACUAUAUACUGUGAAUAAAUUGAAAGAAGAGGCUCAGUUACUUCAUUGUCAAGUCAAUACAAUAGCAUCAAAGAAGACUUGUGUUAUAACUGUAAUCUAUGGUUAUAAUACAUGUGAGGAAAGGAAAAGGGUAUGGGAAACGCUUAAAACUCUGGCCCAAGGAAUAAAUAUGCCAUGGUUAGUUGUUGGAGAUUUUAAUGCUGUGUUAUAUCCUCAAGACAGGCUCAAUGGGAAUCCAGUACAAUAUGGUGAGAUUAAAGACUUCAAUGAUUGCAUUCAUGACCUCCUACUUAAUGAGGUGAGAUGGACAGGGGACUACUAUACCUGGAGUAACAAACAGCAAAGCAGGGAAAGAAUCUAUAGCAGACUAGAUAGGGCAUUUGGCAACCAUGAAUGGAUGAUGGAGUGGGGGCACUUAGUGAUGGAAUAUGAUGUUCCAUUAAUUUCAGACCAUAAUCCAAUGGUGUUUGAGUUACAGACAAAUCAGAGAGACAUAAAAAUACCAUUCCGAUUCUUCAACACUUGGGCAGAUCAUAGCAAGUUUCAACAUAUAGUGAAGCAAACAUGGCAACAAAAGCUGUCAAGAUGGAAGAUGCAAGAUGUAUGGAUGAAGUUGAAGGCAUUAAAACCAUUAUUCAAGCAAUUGAAUAAUGAGGAGUUCAGAAACAUAACACAGAGGAUANAGGAAAUUCAGGAGAGAUUGUAA